UGAUGUCAAUUAAGUACUUUUAUUCCCAUUCAUUAGCCUUGUUUGAAACAGAAUUUAUUAAUAAUUUGAGUUUUUGCAAUACAGUGGAAAACCAAAAUAGCAAAUAUAGAGAGUAAUUUCAGUGCUUUUAUGCUAACUGCAUGUAUUAUCUGCAUUAACAACAUCCCCUUUAAAUAUAUUUAAAAUGUGGAACAAAUAAAAUAAUUUUCUUAAAGUGUUAAAUACGGUUUAUCGUUACUUUUAUCCAGAAAGAAAUCUGUGUUGUUUGUACAUCUAAAGCACAAAGUAGAAGUAUUCUAGAUACAAUUCCACACAGUUCAAAAUUGGAGAUCGUAUUACGUUUUACAAACUUGAAUAUCGUCAUAUCUUCACUGUGAGCACUUGAAAAUGAAACACCACUGCAGUAGUACUGUGAUCGGCUCGUAUGAAUUGUGUCAAGAUCAAAUUAUACAAAUGAAAACUAUAAAAAAUAUAAAAAUGAAUGUAAAAGGUGUAAAUACAAGCACGAAGCGGCAAUUUAGCAUGCUUCCGAUUCAAGUACUUUUUCUAAUUGUUAUAUUGUCACCUACAUAUCACUGUUUUUCUGUUCGGGGAUUUGCUCAAGCAGCCACUCCCGAAGGCGUCUCAGGACAAUCUCUCGAUCCAUCAAGAAUUUAUCAAUACAGUUAUGAAGCAGAAGUGGAAUUAAAUGAAGCUGAUUUACCACAAGAUAGUAAAAUUCACACACAACAUGCUGAUGUUGGAGUUCGAAUAAACGCUGUUGUUGAACUAAUUGUUCGUUGGACGAAUCCAGAUAAUAAAUAUGAUCAAGUUAUUGAAAUGAGGUUUGAUGGAGCAGAAGUUUUCAAUGUUAGUGACAAAGAAAGAAGAGAUCCAAGUUUCUAUGUGACAAGAAAUAGUGUUUCGUUAAGAACCGUCACGAAACCAAUAAUAUUUCGAUGGUCAAAUGGAUAUAUUCAAGAAUUUUAUGUGAGUUCGGAAGAAACGAUCACAUCACUUAAUAUCAAAAGAGGAAUUUUAGGUUUCUUUCAAAUACAAACUCAAUCAGGGGACAGAGUUGAGGAAGAUUUAUCUGGUAAAUGUAACGUCACAUAUGAUGUAGAAGGUACAGAGGUAAAGAAAGUCAAAGAUAUAUCAUCUUGUGUGAAUGAUGAAGAAGGGUUUUCAACAAUGUCUAAGGUGCUCGGUGUUUCGUCCGAUUCAACUAGCCAAGGCCUCUACACAAUGUCACCUGAUAAAUCACAUAUAGUGUAUGGAGUCAACCUGGAAUCGCAUUCUAUUCGUGUUAAUGUUCGACAAGAAAUUAGCUUGUAUUCUCUUGGAAGACAAAAACUUGGCCUGCUGUCAAUAGACAAGAUUAAAUCUAUUACAUCUUCGACCAAGGAUGAAGCAUUGAAGUCUUUUGCUAAAGAAAAAAGAAAAUCUGGUGAAAAAUAUAUAAGAGCAAGUUUAUUAUCUGAACGUGAUGUCAAGAAUUGUGCGGAAGGAUGUCUCGAUGUUCUUCAAAUCAUAAGUGAUUUAUCUAAACAACUUUCAAAAGUAAACAUGGCCAACAUUAGUUCUGCUCAAGCAUACAUUACCGCAGUACGAGCUGCAAGACAAGCAGAUAAAGACACUCUUAUGCAACUCUUGAAAUUAAAGGAAUUUAAAGAUAUACAGUUUACCAUUGUUGAUAUACUUGCCACUGCUCAAACUGAUGCAUCUCAGGCAGCCCUUAUCGAUUUCCUUGAUUUCAAAAAUAAAGAAAAGGAAGGAUUGGUGGAGCGGGCACUCACAGGCAUUGCAUUUUCAUCUCAUCCAUCUGAGAAUGUACUCAGAGAUCUUUAUAAAUUAUACAAAGGUGAGAUAGCAAGUCCAAAAGUUCGACAAACUGUGGGUUUGGCAAUGGGUGCAGUUCUAAAGAAAUUCUGUGCUUCGGCACCCGGAAAUUGUCAACGCGAGAUUCCUAAAAAAGUCACAAAUCUUAUUCAUCAAGGAUUUAUGGAAUCAACAACAGAAGAUACUCAAAAUCUUUAUAUACUCAUCGCAAGAAAUACUGGACAACCUGAGUUUAUUAAUAAACUUGUUAAUUUGGCCGAACACAGUAAAUUUUAUCUUGUUUGUCAUCAUGCGUUAACUGCUUUGACUGUCUUCGAUACAAAAGAUUUUGGUGAAGAAUUUCGAGACACGAUGAACAGAAUAUAUCAUCAGAAUUUGAAGAAAUACGACAACACAAUUCGAGCUGCUGCAGCUAAUAGAUUGUUAUCGAAUGCACCUACUGAAAUGGAUGUUAAAAACCUUAUAUUGUCAUUACCGGAUCAAACCUCAAAAGAAUUGUCCAAUUUCAUUUAUCAAAGAAUUUUUGAUCUUAUCAAGACAAAUCACCCAUCAAAAGAAAUUCUUCAGAAAGUUUUAAAAGACAACACAGUUUCAAACUACUGGACGAUGGCUAAUUCAGGAAUGGCAUCGGCUUUUACAGGAUAUUUGUUUUCGACUGAUGAUUCCCAAGUAACAUACGGACUGUUCAUGGAAUAUACAAAUGCAGGAAUGAUGAGAAGGACUGCUUCUGAUUUCACUCUUCAUAGUCAAGGGCAUUCAAUUGCUCUAACUGAGGCAGGAAUCGUUGUCCAAGGCCUAGAAUCGUUGACUGGAAGUGAACCUGAUAAAGGAGAAGAAGAAUAUGAUUCGAUGGUUGGAAUGUCUUCCAUUAUGAUGGGAGUGAAACUCAGACCACUAACAUUUUUCCGAGGUUACGGAGACAUGAUGUCCUUGAUAUGGCAGGGAAGCUCUGGUGAACCAGAAGGAGUCGAAGCAAUGUUAAUGUUGAUGGAUUAUCUCCAGCAUAUACCAAUGGCAUCAGGAUUGCGAGUAAAAGCUGAAGUAUUAGGUGCAAUAUCUACUAAAAUAUCAGUUGCCAUUGAAUUUUCAUUAUGGAGCAGAACAGUUGAGAUUACUACAACAAAUGGUGGAGCAUUCUCUAUUCAAUGUCGCUUAUCCUUGGAAUCACCAAUAGUCCGAGCAUCGGUUCGUCACCAAGGAGACGCUCAAUCGUCGAUCGAUUUCUCCGUCUUCACUGAUUUUUCUUCGCUUCCUCCAAAAUCCUGCAUCAGAAUUUCUUAUCCUGAUUUUAUAUUCACAAAAUCUCUCCGAAAAUUCGAAAAAGUGAAAGGAUCGAACAAAAAAUUGCUGACGUUGUCAAAACGAAAAUCAAAUAAUUUUGGAAGGAGUCUCCCACUGCAACCGGGAAACUCAAUCAUGUGUACUAAGAUUACAAAAUAAGGGGACAGAUGCUCAUCUAUUCUCCGAGCAUAGACAAUAUUUAUCACAGUUUUAUCACAGUUUGAAUUUAGUGGAACACAAAUCCUAUAACGUGUACCACACUAUUGGUAAUUUUAUUUAAAAGUUACAAAAAGGGUAUUAUUUGAAAAACCACAAAUAUGAUAAGAUUCAAAAUGUUGGUUUGAAAUUAUUAACGUACCAUUCUAUCUAGUGACCCUAACAAAUAUAUGCCUCACGCGAAAUAUGCCAUGAGUGGAUAUACUCUCUUUAUAUGAUUGGAUUAUUAAAUUGUUGAAUUGUGCACAUUCAGGUUCAAAAAUUAUUUUGUAUAUAGCUGCUACAGGUGCCAAUAUGAUAUUUUGUCAUUAUAGUUUUUUUUUUAAAUCAUUUUAAUAAUUUGCAAUUUUAUUGUUUGCUAAUAUUUGUAUAAUAAGGAACUCACUGAAUAGGUUCUGACAUUAGAACAAGCGUCUUUGCCUCCCUAGUUCAGUGUUAAUUUGCGUCGAUAUUCGAACCAAAUUCUAACUAAAACAGCAAGAUUUCGUUGUAAAUUAGUUAAGCACUUUCUAAAUUUUUGUAGCAAGAUGAGUGUUUUGUACAUAUAUUGCUAUAUUUUGUAAUUUUUAACAGAACGUAUUAAUGUGUUUUCAGGGGUCAUUUUAUCAAUAUUACACCCCUUUUUCAAGUUUCGUCAUUUUUUCCAAACUUACAGGUUUAUCCGAUUCUGUUGUUGCUAGCUUGCUUCUGCGUACUUAUACUAAGUAAAUAUGAAUUCACACGAAAAAAACAUAAAAGAUUUUCCUUCCAUAUAUUCAAUAUUUUCGAACUUUCUUAUCACAUAUUUUUGUAUGAGAGCACACACGGAAAAUUCUCUGUCCUCUCGUGGUUAGCCAUAUAAAAAAGCCGUCCACCGGAAGCCUGAAUAAUGAACUUUGGUGGUACAAAAUAAUUACUGCAAAACGCCGUUUAAUUUAUUAUACACUGUAUCGAUGAACGUCUUUGGUAAUUGAAUAUGAAAUGUAUUAACCCAGCCUAGUUUCAUAUUCAGCGCUAUAGUGACUGAAAAAAUGUAACAGGCGCAAAGGACUAUAUCUAAUAAUUUGAGAUACAAAAAUUCCAUAUUUUCACUCCAAAAAACUCUUUUUUUCUCUAAGCUUACGUUUGUCAUUGAUCAAAACUAAUAUGGAAUCUCAUAUCUGAGAAAUAUGCUUUUUUCAGGCUCAUAUCAUACUGAAGAACCACACCAAAUUGCGAUUUCUGUAAACUUACAUUUUUUUUGGAAGAGCUGAUAAUUCCAUUAUUAUCCUUGCUUUAGGCAGAGUUGCUUAAGUGCGGUUCAUCUGUAAUUAAUGCCUGGAAAGAUUCGAUUUAUAUUCUUUAAAUAUGAUUUGAUUUUGCUUUAAUUACUGCAAUUAUCUGUACAGUAUUUUUGCUUAAUAUUGUAAACUUUGUGUACUGCGUUAUCGUUAUGAUAUUUUAUGCAAUACAUUUCAUUCUAUGACA